AUGCUCACCAUCCGUUGUUUAGGCCGCUCCUGGUCGAUUCAGGAACUCCGUGAGAAGUCCUGGGAGGAUCUCCAUGCUCUUUGGUGGGUCUGUGUCAAGGAGCGUAAUCGCAUAGCCACUUCCCAACUGGAAAGACAGCGACUGAAGGCUGGUUACGGAGAAUGGGAGCUUGAUAACCGGGACCGGACGAUCCGCGUUACACAAAAGAGCAUCAAGCACGUUCUCCGGGAAAGAUGGUAUGCCUGGGAAGACGCCCAGAAAUUGUACAACAGUGGUUACCGGCCACAGGAAGAGGGUGCUGAAGAGGCAUCGAGCACGGCAUAA